GAACAUUCACUAAACUAUAGUUUCGCAUUUCACACGGAAGGCGGAGUGAAAGGAAAUUAUUACCGCAUAAACACAUUUUCUUAGGGAGUACUAAACCAGAGGACGUUGAUUGUGUGUUCACUGCGCUGUUAGACACCUACACCCGAGUUGUGACGGUACUGUAAGCUGUGCUGACGUGUUUUCUACUUUGAACAAAAUUAGAAAUGUCGAAUUUAAAUUGUACGGAAACGGCACUUGUCAAAUUCAUCCGGGUUCAUCCUUCCCUCGUCUUCUUCUGUGUGCUGGUGGUGGUUGUAGGGAUCCCAGGGAACUGCCUCAUCUUCUACAUCUACACCAAGAAGAUCAACAUCCAUAUCAUCAGCUUCUUCAUCAAGAUCCUUGCUAUUCUCAAUCUCGUUAGCACGUUAUGUCUGUUGCCGGCACAUGUGUUAUUAAAAAUUAAUCCCGAGACAGCAUUUUUCUGCCAAUGGUUUUCUGUUGGGCAAAAUUUCUUUGUUACCAACACGGGCCUGUUUUACGUGACCAUUGCUGUUCAAAGAUACAGGAAAAUGUGUAGAGUUCAUCAAUCACAGGUUAAUGCAUCUACGGCCAAGAAGAUAAUGCUCGGGUGUGUCCUGUUUUCUGCUGUGUCAUGUUCUCCGCAUGCGUUUCUGCUUGGAGUAACGCGGGCAAAUGUAACUUUCCCUUGUGUGACACGCAUUCCUUACUGUGGCUUUGCGCAAAUCUAUCUGUUCACUCAUAUAUACAUAACGUGGAUGUUACUUGGGAUGAGUGCUGUCGUUGUUACUCUCGUUGUGCUGUAUUCGUUAAUUGGAAAGCACAUAGCAGCUCACAAACGUCAAAUGUCAAGGUACUCUGUGUCAGGUCAAGGUCACACGAAGCUUUCCAACCCCACCGCCAUGUUCUUCACGCUGACCAUGAUAUUCCUCCUGAGUGUUGCUCCGAGGUUGGCGCUUGCUAUAUAUACACUACAAACCAUCAACAAUUCUCAUUACUCGCAAUUAAUUCACCAUGUGAGGGAUGUGAUAUUCAUGUUGCCCUUCAUCAACUGUAUAGUCAACCCUUUCGUCUAUGGAUUCACAUCAAAGGUGUUCCGACAGCACCUUGUGUCUCUCUUUUGUGCUUGCAAUGGUAGGAAAGAGUCGACACCACCACCAUCGCAAACCGAGCGAACACAAGAAUCCGUGUUGUAGAGUACCGAUGAGACUUUGUGAAAAGCAAACCAAGUUGAGGACAAAUGUAAAGCCGCGUCAGAACUCGCCCGUCCAGAGUGGGAUGUUGGAGGUGCGAGGCUAGUUGCUGGAGGCAUAAGUGAAUCAGUACGUAACGCAUCAGCGACAACAGGAGAUCAAGCAGCAGCUGAAGCAGCUCCAGAAAGAGGAAAUGUUUCGAAAAGAAGGAGGUCUUGAUUCGCUGGAACAUAAUAUGGCUAAGUUACCUUCAGCGAGGCUAUCUGUUUACCCCCUUUAGAUUCCUAUACUUAUUAUAUGGACUACCUUUCUUGGAUAUAAAACGUCAACGUCAGAGAAUAACCAGUUUCGAUUAUUCCAUUGGGUGUAAAAGGCAAAUAGCAAUGAAAAUUCUAUGAAUGGAUCACUGAAAAUCACUGACGACACCUGGUGUUGGCAAAGGGUAAAGACAUUCACACAGUCACUCAAUGGUUCCAGACACUCAUGUGUGUCCAUAAUGUGUUGUCAAACAUGUAAGUCAAACAAAGGGAGAUGCGAUCAACAUCAAAACAUCAUAGAACAGGAAGACAUAAAAUGUAAUGUUUGCUUGACCUACGUUUGCUCUAGCCGGAAGUAAAACGUGAAUAGACAGCGGUUUGAUUUCCCGACCUUGUUAAUAAUUAAUUGUUUGCAUCAGGCACAUACACGUGGUAACAGAAUUUUACAUAUAUUUGUUGUCGAACAUAAGCUAUAAAUCGAGUCGAAACACCACAGGAUCUGAAAUGUUUAUUAACUGGAGCUCGAAAGUACGGUCACCUAUUUGUUAUUUCCUACAUUUCCUAUUUAAAUCGGUCCCUUGUGGGGUAUAAGCGCUGUGCAGAGUUGCGCACCUUAGAUGUGCCAGAACGCUAUGAUUGUGGGUUCGAAUGUCGUUCACACAUGUUAUAUAUCUCCAGACACAUAUGAUACUGAUGGUAGUGGUUGGCUUUCAGGCUCAGCAUGAAGCGGUUAAGCAGGUUCCUCUUCCAUUCCGACUUCAGUCUGCAACAAGUUUUCAGAAUUUAUA